UGAUGACACCACCAGUGCCGACGAUGCGAGACUUGUUAUGUUAGCCGAAGCUGGCGUAAGUGAUUUUUGUCUCCUGCUGGAUAUCUUACGAAGGCUCGUGAAAAGCUCAUACCGUCAUCUUCGGUUUGCCUCUAACUACGUCCACUUCUGACGUCGCUCGAUUUGAUGAAAACGCAGGCUGGAUUGUCCAUCAUUUUGGGUUCAGCGGUGGUUGUGACCUUCUUACUGAUCAGGAAAUAUCAGCCCGCUUUGGCUUCCCGAGUGUCGCUGCGUUUGGCAGUCGUCGGCGUCUCAUGCGACAUCUGCUACGGGAUCGCGUAUCUCAUCUCCUGCCUGCCGACAGGCCCAUCAAAGCUCUGUGAUUGGUCCAUGUUUUUCACCGUUCUUUUCCUCCUCUGCUCGCUUUUCCUCACCGCCUCGAUCGGCUUGAAUCUCCUCCUCGUCUUCGUACUCAAAGUGCAAAAGGACCGUCACAUCGAACGAACUUGCUACUUUGCAUGCGGCGUUAUGGCUGUCCUUGUGCCAUCCAUCGGACAGGGAAUGGGUGUCUUUGGAUGGGACGGGUCGGAAUGCUGGUACGCGUACGAUAAGGAAGUCGACCCAAGUUACGACAAGGUGUUUGCCUGGCAAUGGGGAACGUACUACUUUUGGAUUCUCUCCGUGUCGAUCUUUUGCACGACCUGCCUAAUCCUAUUUGCUCUGGCCGCGCGGAAUCCCCACAAGGCUCAAAAAAGCGAUGCCGCCAUUUUGUCAUCGAAGGACGCUUCGGUGCAAAAGCAAUUCGCUAAAACGGAUAAAUUGGUGCGUAAAGCGGUUGGCAGGAUCAAGUGGUACUGCGUGGUGCCGCUGGUGGCCCAUUUCUUCUCUUUCUUUUCGGACAUGUAUUAUCGUGCGUACGGAAUCAACGUCAUGUGGGCCAUGGAUGUCGCCAAUUUCAUGAGUGCGGCUAUGGGAGCACUCAGUGCCACCAUCUUCUUCACGCUUGAUCCCUCCGUCGCACACGCGUUCAAGAAGCUUCGCACGUCCUUCUUCCAAGCCUAUUACUUCCGAUUUCACGUCCUCAGCGAUGCCCCCGGCGGCCUGUCACGUUCAAAUACCGCCCCUCGCACGCUUAUCUCUACCGAUCACAGCGUCACCCGAUUACAAUCAGUUUCAGGAGCACGGUUACACUUCGGCGGCUCGAAGAAAGGCUCCGACGAGGAAAACAACCCGGGCCCUUCCCCGGCGCCGCAUGCCUUGACCACAACACCGACGCUCAUCCUCCGCCACCCACUUCCCCACACCCUCCCCUGCUACCUCGCUCGUAUCCUUGUCAGAGACACCGACCGCGCGAAGUACAUCAAAAUGCAGUUGGACGCGCGGAAACGUGCGUCGGCGAAUAUGCUUGGGCGGACUUCGGCUAUGCCAACCUCGAGGCCGAGGGUGGGCCCGCCUGUGGAAGACAAGCACGCCGAAUCGUCCACAGGCCUUACGUCGAGUUUCGCAGAGGGAACUCUCAGGUGGUGAAAUGCGCUGCGCCGCUCGAGCUAGGACAUAGAGAGAAUUGAUGCUGCGACCGGCUCUCCGAAGCGCAACAAUAUGAAUUGAAUUUAGACUUCUGCAAGGUCCUCGUUGCUGUGGGGUACUGGAGGAUUCCCGUUUGCGACCUCUUCCGAG